AUGGCGACGCGGUGGCGCGGGGCCGCCGCGCUGCUCCUGGGCCUGGCGGCCCUGGCGGGGCUGCCCCGCGCCCGCGGCCGCUUCUCCCUCCCGCUCCAGCGACCCGCCGACUGCGGCCGCGCCCGCCACUUCGACAUCUCCCGCCUGGCCUGCGGGCCCUGCGGGGCCCACCAGCGACAGAGCGCCAGCGGUAGUUCAUGUGAAUGUCAGCCAGGAUACAGGAUGGUUUCUAGUAGUGGUGGAUCCUCCAUUACUUGUGAAAAAUGCCCAGAAAAUAUGAGUGGAGUUACUCAAGAUGGGUGGAAUUGUAUUACUUGCCCAAAUGGACUGACUUCAGAAGGAAAAUGUAAAUGCCUAAAUAAUGAAAUACUAGUGGAAAGAAGCAUCGAUGGCAUUUUGCUUAACGAAGCACUGUGCACACGCUGUAAUGACAGUGAGCAAUCCUUCUCUGCUGCAGAUGUGUCAGGAAAUAGGUGUGUAAGAUGUGAACAAACAUUCAUCAACGUAAGCAAGUCAUGUGACUGCAGCAGCCCAAAUAUUUUAGCUGGAGGAUUGUGUUUCAGUGCUAAAGAGAGCUUACCACCAAAGGGAGUUGCAACUGUUCGUUUUGGGCAGCUAGGAAUAACACUGACAUCAGCAUGGUUUCUGAAAAACCUGCAGUCCUCAGCCUCUGCCUGUUGGUUGUACUCCAAUCUAACAGCAUGCCAAGCUCUUGGAAAUAUGUGUGUAAUGAAUAUGAACUCCUUGAGUUCUUCGCGUACUGAUGCCUGUGGUUUAUUUCAGUAUAUUUAUGUCAAUACAGCAAGGCUUGGCAAUGUUCAUUCAAUAACCUUCUGGAGACAUAAUCUUCCAUGGCUAUAUUAUGGUGAUCAACCAGGAUUAGCAUCCCAAGUGCUUGAGGCAAAUCAUUUCCCUACAGUCUUCAGCUUUAAAGGAACAGAUGAGGAUGUAAAGCUGAAAUUUAUUGCAGCAUCCUUUGAUGCAGCAGGAAACUUUCUUAAGUGGCAAAAUUUGGAAGGAGGCAUCUUGCAGCUUUGUCCUGAUACCCAAACUAAAUUGAAUGCAGCUUAUACAUUUGGAACAACUUAUCAACAAAGUUGCCAAGUUUCCAUUUCGAAGAUUUUAUCCAGUUUUGCUAAUCCAAUCUUUUAUGACCUAUUCCUUGAAUAUAAUGGUGACGAUGGACAGCAAUACCUUUGGGCUGUGCCAGUUUUAAACUUGAAUCUUCAAUACAGUGAAAUGUUUAUUAAUCAAGGCAGUAAUAUGAACAACUGGCUUUUGACUCGUCGAUUUUUUUUGGUGGAUACGCUGAGUGGAAAAGAGAAUGACUUGGAAAAACUACCAAGUGUAAUUCGAAUUGCUAGCAAGAUAACAAUCAGUAUUCGUCUGGUAUCCCAUACUCAGAGAGGAACUAUCUACCCUCCUCUACUUACUAUUGCUUACACAGAUGUGCUUGUCCAAAAUCCUGAAACCCAGAGUGUGAUGGUUUCCUUCUCAGUCACUUACGAGAUGAAUCAGUCAGAGGCUCAGAUUCAGACUGAUAUCGCAUUGGGUGUUUUGGGUGGGCUUGCAGUGUUAUGGUGCCUUCUGAAGACUGCAGGCUGGAAGAGGCGUACAGGGAGCUCUGUAAUUGACUUGCAGACGGUUUUGAUGUUCUUACUGUUUUAUGCUGGACAUCUUGCCAACGUUUUCUUUAUCAUCGCAGUGGGCACAGGGAUUUAUUGGCUUGUGUUCUUCAAAGCUCAGCAGUUUGUCUCUGUUCUUUUACCACUUCCAUCUCAAGAAGAAGAUUUUGUUACAUACGUAGCAUGUGCAUUUAGUUUGAAGGCUCUGCAGUUCUUACAUUUGCUGGUUUCUCAGCUUACUAUAGAUAUUUUCUUUAUUGACUGGGAAAGACCUAAGGGCAAAGUUCUUAAAGCAGUUGAAGGUGAAGGUGUUACUAAAAGUGCAGCUGCUCCUGUGAGCAUAUGGAGGACGUAUUUCAUAGCAAAUGAAUGGAAUGAAAUUCAGACAGUGAGGAAGAUAAAUCCCCUCUUUCAAGUGCUUGCAGUUCUUUUUUUUCUGGAGGUGUUAGGAUUUUCAAACCUGGCUCUAAUGGAUUCUUCUUCCAGUCUGACAAGAAGCAGUGAGAGUUACACAGCUCCCUGGAGCCGCAUCUUAAGAUUUGGUGUGUCUGCUGCACUCUGGCUAGCCAUUGCUUUCUUACAGGUUAUAUUUUUUUCUGUGUUUUAUGAAAGAUGUAUUGAAGACAAGAUAAACCAAUUUGUUGAUUUGUGUUGCAUGAGCAAUAUUUCAGUGUUUCUCUUGUCACACAGCUGCUUUGGUUAUUAUAUCCAUGGUCGCUCUGUGCAUGGGCAUGCAGAUACCAAUAUGGAAGAAAUGAAUAUGAACCUAAAGAGAGAAGCAGAAAAUCUAUGUAGUCAGAGAGGUUUGUUACCCAACACAGAUGGCCAGACGUUUCAGAUUUCCAUUUCAAGAAAUAUGCGACAGAAUUAUGACAGGAUUCAUGAAACCCUAACAAGAAAACGUGGUCCUGCUAGGCUUUUGGGCUCAUCUGCAAACACUUUUGAACAAAGCACAAGGGCAUACAACACCAUGAACAAAUUUCUCAGUUCUUUUAUUGAUCACGUUCAUAAAGAUAUGGAUUAUAUUGUUAAAGAUAAGUUGCUGCUUGAAUGGAUGCUUGGCAUGGAGUUCAUGGAACCAUUAGAGAAAAGUAUUUUUUACAAUGAUGAAGGACACUCUUUCAGUCAUGUUCUCUUUUAUGGCAAUGAGACAACACUGCUCAUCUUUGAUAUCCUGUUUUUCUCCGUUGUGGAUCUGGCUUCCCAAAGUUUUGUUUUAGCAGCUAUUCUAACAUAUUUGCAACAAGAGAUAUUUAGGUUUAUUCGCAAUAUGCUUGGGCAGAAGAAUUUGGCAUCCAAAACCUUGGUGGAUGAAAGGUUUCUCAUUUAAUCAAGAAGAGGAAAAACUUUGGUGAAGACUUAAUUGUGGAAAUUAUGUCCCUGAUCAAAGCAUCUCUGACCUGCAGAUUAAUGGUAGUACAUUUUUCAAUAAUAAUAAUAAGAAUAAUAAUAAUGUAAUGGUUUUGAAACAUAUCAUUUUUAUAUUGUGUGCUAUUAAGCUUUAUCUUUGUGUAUUUACAAAUAUUUUUAGAUUUGUGAACACUAAGCCAUAGGCCUUUAAAAGGAAAGGUACGUGGAAAUAAGGCAGAUGUAAACUUAUUGCUGUUACUAUUAUUUAAUGGCUUUUGGUAAGAUACAGACUGCUCACUUUGAUACAAUAAUUUGAGCAUUCUGGUUGGCAGGAGAGGUUGCAAACUGAAGUUUUCUGAAAAUCCCUUGAAUCUUUUUUUUUUUUAAUAAUGUAUUUUGAAAUGUAAUGUUCAGCAAACAUAUUUACAGUUCUACACAGCACAGGGUUUGUUCUGAAUUAAGUUAAUAUUCAAGAGGACUUUUUUAAAGAUCACUUAUCUGCAGCUACUCCAACUUGAAAUUUUAACUUUUCUUUGUUGUAUGACAGUAUGGUAUGCUUUUGUCUCUUCUCUUGGGAGUUCAUAAUUGUUUUUCUUGGGUGUGGACUACACAAGACAAAGUUUUCUUGUGUGUGAGAUACAGCAGUAUUACAGUGAUGCAGAAAUACAGGCUAGUCAUGAUAGAUCAGAGGAGGUAGUUACAGAUACUUGGAGUUUGUUCCUGAUCUGCUGUCAUCUGAAGGGAGAUGCCCAGGGAAACACAGUAAUUUUUCUCUGCUGUUUCUGCACAAGUGAAAUAGAAACAAUUUUUCUUAUAUUUUUUAGAAGUAUUUUCACAGAUGCUUAUAUAUGCUCAUGUACCUCUGUCUUUCUAGUUUUCUGAGUUUAUUAUCUUUAGAUGAAACACAGGGACCAUGAUCAUUUUACUGUCAUCAUAUUUUUGGACUUCAGACAAGUUAAUAAUUAUUCAAGUGCCACUUAUUAAGUGUUAAGGGAGAUAAUGAAUGGCCUUCAAAACACCUUAAAGUGAGGUGUCUACCUCCCAUUUGUAUUUCUGAAAAAUCUCCCUACCUUUUUAAAAUUAUGUUUUUCAGUAAAUGGUUAAACCUGAAGAGUGUUUGCUGUUUUGUAUAGCUGUUACUUGUAUUUAGGUGAUUCAACAAGGGACUUUCACCAGCAAAAAUACCAUAGAAAUGUAAGUCAGGGUUAGCAUGCUUAUUCCAAAACAGAGGCUGAGGACAUGAUUAGUUGGACCUAGAAGAUUUCCAGUGCAGAUAUGCUUAUCUGAGUUGAAGCAGCGUUGUAUUUCAUGUGUUUCUUUGCUUCAGAAAGAGGAACAUGUUCUCAUGUUGAUAUUGCAUCAUGUAAUAAUAUUAAACUUACAGUAACAUGGACAUACAUCUCAGGGUCACUGUUGCUCUAAAACAUUUGCUUUUGGUGUUGCCAAAACUUUGUACCUUGCUAAUCCAAUAUGGUUACUAUUAACUGAUAGAAUAUGUCUGCCAGUAAGGCUAUAACACGGUAGAUAAAUUCAGGGUUGAUGUCCUGUGGGACAUCCACUUAUUAAUGCUCAGUUUUGCAUAGGCAUUUCCAUGUCAUGCUUUCCUUACUUUUGUCUGUUUAUCUGCACAGUUCUUAGUUUGCUGGUGCACACUGUGUCUCAAAAAAGGUGUGAAUACAAAACUUCCAACAGAGUGAAAUGUCCACUAUAAAUAAAAUUAAGAUUGUUCUCUUUAUAGUGAAUGUAGUCAUUAAAGUGUCCACUAGGUUCUAAAUCUGCUAAACCAGCCAAAAAUCAUAUUUCCACUGAGUAUCAUGACUGUCUGACUCCCAUUAGAUAUGCAGUUUCUGCCGUAUUUUCUGUCAGUGGUCUGCUGAAUGCCAAACCUGUAAACCAAGCUGAGGAGCAGUCUGAAAAGUGGUCUGUGGUAGGACAUUUGCAAGGCAGAGUUGGGCUUGCCUGUAGUCUGUGUUUUUCCUUGGUCAAUAUUUUUGCAUAGCCUGACUAAAUUUAACUAAACUUUCUAGAUCUUACAAGUCCUACUGAAAUGUCAGUGUACAGGAGGAAAUAGUGUUUCUCAUGUGACUGUAUUUAUUCAAGAUGACUGAAGUGACUAAAGAGGUGCAGAAAGUUUCUAUGAUCCAGAAGUGAGCAAGCAGACUAUGAAUGACCCUAAUACAGAUCUUUUCUUACUGUCAAUUUCCAGCAAUAUAACUGUGCAUCAUUGUCCAUGGUAACAGGCAUAAGCUUUUUCUCUGUGCAGAUUCUCAUGAUGUGUCCAUAGUCAUGAAGUUAUUCUAGGUAACAGAACCACAGUUCAAACAUACCUCCUCCAGAAUGGUCUGAUUUAGGACUGAGUUCGGUCAGAGUAAGUAAAAAGUAGUAACCAGACUGGGUAAACCAGCACGUUACAGAAUGUCUGCAAGCAAAAUGAAGGUGGCAUUGUGCCAUUUGUAGACACAGCCACGUGGUUUUACUUCACCUAGUCUAGUACCAGCAGAAAUAGAAAUUUUUCAGCAUGUGGGCUCUCACUCUGUACCCUGUUACCAGUGCUUUUUGCUAACAAGCUACACCUUUCCAUUCAGAAAUCAUGCUUAGAGUUUGCUUUAGAUAUGCCUUUAAUUAACUGCUGCUCAGAAGGGCACGUGAAAGCUUUAAUGACCUUGCAGUUUGCAAGAACUACUGCUAAUGGGCAACUCUUGUUACAGAUAAAUCAUAAAUUAAUCUCAAAAUGUUCUGUCAAAACAGUUCAGUCGCUUGGCCCAUCAUUCUCCUCAGUGGACACACUACUCUGUUGUGGUUUAGUUUUCCAGGUCAUUUAUCUAAAAUUUUAAUAUAGCUAACAUAGGUGCUCUACAUGGUUUAGAAAAUAAUUAUAGGAGGUAAAAGGUCCAUAGAAGCUUUUCUUCAUUCUUGCUAUCCCAUGACCACUUGAAACAGAUUGACUGCGCUUUGUUCUCCUGUUACUUGGUAUUUGUUUAAGAAAUAACUCUCGUGAUUGCAAUGUCCUUUUUUAUAAUUAAUAUGCAGCUACAAUGUGUUGUUCAUGUGAGGAGUGUCUUUCAAGUUUCUAAAUGAGAAAUAAAAAAUUUUCAAGGA